AUGAGCCGGCCCCCGCCGACGGGGAAAAUGCCCGGCGCCCCCGAGGCCGUGCCGGGGGACGGGGCCGGCGCGGGCCGCCAGAGGAAGCUGGAGGCGCUGAUCCGAGACCCUCGCUCCCCUAUCAACGUGGAGAGCUUGCUGGAUGGCUUAAAUUCCUUGGUCCUUGAUUUGGAUUUUCCUGCUUUGAGGAAAAAUAAGAAUAUAGAUAAUUUCUUAAAUAGAUAUGAGAAAAUUGUGAAAAAAAUCAGAGGUCUACAGAUGAAAGCAGAAGAUUAUGAUGUUGUAAAAGUUAUUGGAAGAGGAGCAUUUGGGGAAGUCCAGUUGGUUCGUCAUAAGGCAUCACAGAAGGUUUAUGCUAUGAAGCUUCUUAGCAAGUUUGAAAUGAUAAAAAGAUCAGAUUCUGCUUUCUUCUGGGAAGAAAGAGAUAUUAUGGCCUUUGCCAAUAGUCCCUGGGUGGUUCAGCUCUUUUGUGCCUUUCAAGAUGAUAGAUAUCUGUACAUGGUAAUGGAAUACAUGCCUGGUGGAGACCUUGUAAACCUUAUGAGUAAUUAUGAUGUGCCUGAAAAGUGGGCCAAAUUUUACACUGCUGAAGUUGUUCUUGCUCUGGACGCAAUACACUCCAUGGGUUUAAUACACAGAGAUGUGAAGCCUGACAACAUGCUUUUGGAUAAACAUGGACAUCUAAAAUUAGCAGAUUUUGGCACAUGUAUGAAGAUGGAUGAAACAGGCAUGGUACAUUGUGAUACAGCAGUUGGAACACCUGAUUAUAUAUCACCCGAGGUUCUGAAAUCACAAGGGGGUGAUGGUUAUUAUGGGCGAGAAUGUGAUUGGUGGUCUGUUGGUGUUUUCCUUUUUGAGAUGCUAGUAGGGGACACUCCAUUUUAUGCAGAUUCACUUGUAGGAACUUAUAGCAAAAUUAUGGAUCAUAAAAAUUCACUAUGUUUCCCUGAAGAUGCAGAAAUUUCUAAACAUGCGAAGAGUCUCAUCUGUGCCUUCUUGACAGAUAGGGAGGUACGACUUGGGAGAAAUGGGGUAGAAGAAAUCAAACAGCAUCCUUUCUUUAAGAAUGAUCAAUGGAAUUGGGAUAACAUAAGAGAGACGGCAGCUCCUGUAGUACCUGAACUCAGCAGUGACAUAGACAGCAGCAAUUUUGAUGACAUCGAAGAUGAUAAAGGAGAUGUAGAAACCUUCCCAAUUCCUAAAGCUUUUGUGGGAAAUCAGCUGCCUUUCAUAGGAUUUACCUACUAUAGGGAAAAUCUGUUAUUAAAUGACUCUCCAUCUUGUAGAGAAAAUGAUUUGGUGCAAUCAAGGAAAAAUGAAGAAAGCCAAGAGAUUCAGAAAAAAAUAUAUACGUUAGAAGAACACCUCAACACUGAGAUACAAGCCAAAGAAGAGUUAGAACAGAAGUGCAAAUCUAUUAAUACUCGUCUAGAGAAAACAGCAAAGGAACUAGAAGAAGAGAUUACCUUAAGGAAAAAUGUGGAAUCAGCAUUAAGACAAUUAGAAAGAGAAAAGGCACUUCUUCAGCACAAAAAUGCAGAAUAUCAGCGGAAAGCUGAUCAUGAAGCGGACAAAAAACGAAAUUUGGAAAAUGAUGUUAACAGCUUAAAAGAUCAACUUGAAGAUUUGAAAAAAAGAAAUCAGAACUCUCAAAUAUCUACCGAGAAAGUGAAUCAACUUCAGAGACAGCUGGAUGAAACCAAUGCUUUGCUUCGAACAGAAUCUGAUACUGCAGCUCGAUUAAGAAAAACCCAGGCAGAAAGUUCAAAACAGAUUCAGCAGCUAGAGUCCAACAAUAGAGAUCUACAAGAUAAAAACUGCCUGCUGGAAACUGCUAAGUUAAAACUUGAAAAAGAAUUUAUCAAUCUUCAGUCAGCUCUAGAAUCUGAAAGAAGGGACCGAACCCAUGGAUCUGAGAUAAUUAAUGAUUUACAAGGUAGAAUAUCUGGUCUAGAAGAAGAUUUAAAGAGUGGCAAAAUCUUACUAGCAAAAAUAGAGCUGGAAAAGAGACAACUGCAGGAGAAAUUUACUGAUUUGGAGAAGGAAAAGAGCAACAUGGAAAUAGAUAUGACAUACCAACUAAAAGUUAUGCAACAGAGCUUGGAACAAGAAGAGGCUGAACAUAAGACUACAAAAGCACGGCUAGCAGAUAAAAAUAAAAUCUAUGAAUCCAUCGAAGAAGCUAAAUCAGAAGCCAUGAAAGAAAUGGAGAAGAAGCUUUUGGAAGAAAGGACUUUAAAACAGAAAGUAGAGAACCUAUUGCUGGAGGCUGAGAAAAGAUGCUCUUUAUUGGAUUGUGACCUCAAACAAUCACAGCAGAAACUAAAUGAGCUCCUUAAACAGAAAGAUGUGCUAAAUGAGGAUGUUAGAAACUUGACAUUAAAAAUAGAGCAGGAAACUCAGAAGCGCUGUCUUACACAAAAUGAUCUGAAGAUGCAAACACAGCAAGUUAACACACUAAAAAUGUCAGAAAAGCAGUUAAAACAAGAGAAUAAUCAUCUCAUGGAAAUGAAAAUGAGCUUGGAAAAACAAAAUGCGGAACUUCGAAAAGAACGUCAGGAUGCUGAUGGGCAGAUGAAAGAGCUCCAAGAUCAACUUGAAGCUGAACAGUAUUUCUCAACCCUGUAUAAAACACAAGUUAGGGAACUUAAAGAAGAAUGUGAAGAAAAGACCAAACUUUGUAAAGAAUUACAGCAGAAGAAACAGGAAUUACAGGAUGAAAGGGACUCCUUGGCUGCCCAGCUGGAGAUCACCUUGACCAAAGCAGAUUCUGAGCAGCUGGCUCGUUCAAUUGCUGAAGAACAGUAUUCAGAUUUGGAGAAAGAGAAAAUCAUGAAAGAACUGGAGAUCAAAGAGAUGAUGGCUAGACACAAACAGGAGCUUACUGAAAAAGAUGCUACAAUUGCAUCUCUUGAAGAAACUAAUAGGACACUUACUAGUGAUGUUGCCAAUCUUGCGAAUGAAAAAGAAGAAUUAAAUAACAAACUGAAAGAUGCUCAAGAGCAACUAUCAAGGUUGAAAGAUGAAGAGAUAAGUGCAGCAGCCAUCAAGGCACAGUUUGAGAAACAGCUAUUAACAGAGAGAACACUCAAGACUCAAGCUGUGAAUAAAUUGGCUGAGAUCAUGAAUCGAAAAGAACCCGUCAAGCGUGGGAAUGACACAGAUGUGCGAAGAAAAGAGAAGGAGAAUAGAAAGCUACAUAUGGAACUUAAAUCUGAACGGGAAAAGUUGACCCAACAGAUGAUCAAGUAUCAGAAAGAACUAAAUGAAAUGCAGGCUCAAAUAGCUGAAGAGAGCCAAAUUCGAAUUGAACUGCAGAUGACACUGGACAGUAAAGACAGUGACAUUGAGCAGCUACGAUCACAGCUGCAGGCCUUGCAUAUUGGUCUGGAUAGUUCCAGUAUAGGCAGUGGACCAGGGGAGGCUGAGGCAGAUGAUGGAUUUCCAGAAUCGAGGUUAGAAGGAUGGCUCUCCUUGCCUGUUCGAAACAACACUAAGAAAUUUGGAUGGGUUAAAAAGUAUGUGAUUGUAAGCAGUAAGAAGAUUCUUUUCUAUGACAGCGAACAAGAUAAAGAACAAUCUAAUCCUUACAUGGUUUUAGAUAUAGACAAGUUAUUUCAUGUCCGACCAGUUACACAGACAGAUGUAUACAGAGCAGAUGCUAAAGAAAUUCCAAGGAUAUUCCAGAUUCUGUAUGCCAAUGAAGGAGAAAGUAAAAAGGAACAAGAAUUUCCAGUGGAGCCAGUGGGAGAAAAAUCUAAUUAUAUUUGUCACAAAGGGCAUGAAUUUAUUCCUACUCUAUAUCAUUUCCCAACCAACUGUGAGGCUUGUAUGAAGCCACUGUGGCACAUGUUUAAGCCCCCUCCUGCUUUAGAGUGUCGCCGUUGCCAUAUUAAAUGUCAUAAAGAUCACAUGGACAAAAAGGAGGAAAUUAUAGCACCUUGCAAAGUGUAUUAUGAUAUAUCAACGGCAAAGAAUCUAUUGUUAUUAGCAAAUUCUACAGAAGAGCAGCAGAAGUGGGUUAGUCGGUUGGUGAAAAAGAUACCUAAAAAGCCCCCCGCUCCAGACCCUUUUGCACGGUCAUCUCCUAGAACUUCAAUGAAGAUCCAACAAAACCAGUCUAUCAGACGGCCAAGUCGACAGCUUGCCCCAAACAAACCAAGCUAACUGCCUUCUAUGAAAGCAGUCAUUCAAGGUGAUCAUAUUCUUCCAGUUAAAAUAAGACUGAAAUAUGAUGACCCAAAAUUUAUUAAAAAUCUAUAUUUUCCAGAGAGACUGAUGUAUACACAUACAUAUAUGUGUUUCCUUUUUCCUGUAAUAUCAGUGACAAGUCUUGGAGAGGUUUUCCGAGCUUCUUUCAAACAAGUUGAACCAACAGCAGUUGGUUAAUAGAAUAAGGAUAUCAUCUGCAACUCUCCCAAACUUGUUUCAUAAAGCUCUCUUGGCAGUCACUCACACUACAUUGCACAGAAGAAUUGAGAAGAGUUAAAUAUUGAAGAAAUCAUCUUUUCAGCUUCAAUAGAGAGAUUUCACCAGCACAUAUGCCAGAAGAACCUGGGAAUGGAUUCCACUACAGUGAUAUUGACUGCAUCUUUAAGAUGUGACCAUGAUACUGUGUGUGUAUGUAUGUGCACACACACAUAUAGUACUGUAAUACUGCAAGAGGGUUUUUUUAACUCCCCAUUUUAUUUUUUUAUAUACAUUAAUCAGAUAUCAUUAUUUCAGUUGCAACUAUGCACUUGUAUAAAGCCAUAAUGUGGAGUUGAUUCACUUUCCCCUGCACCUAAUAGAAGCUGCAUGUUCAUGUUUAAACAGUUGCUGUAAUAAGAAGUUUGAAGUUAAUUAUAUCAGUUUCCUAAUGCUUCAUGAUAGACAACCUUACCCAUUUUGAAUGCCUUAAUUUAAUUUUUUUUCAAAGUCUCAUCCUUUCUGUAUUUAAGAAAAAAAGAACAAGUGUUUACCAGCUCUUAGGAUGCAAAGUUGCUUAGGGUAAAAAAAAAACAAAAAAAAAUAGUGCACUAUUUUUACACAUAGUUCUAUCAAUGUCAGCCUAUUUUGAUUGUAUAACAAUUUUUUUAAUGUAUUGGUCUUAGAAACAAUAAUGGCUAGUAUUGGAACUAAUAUAUCUUUGUUGUAUAUCUUUAUUCAUCUAUCCCUUUCUACAGACCUCAGUAUUAGUCUGUGACUACAAAAUGUUCUCUUUGCUUUGAACUUACUGGCCACCUUAGAUGUGUUUUUAUUUCUGGUAAAGACAUUUGUGACUAUUUUUACAUUUUCACACUCAAGAUUUAAAAAUUGUCUCAAAUAUAAAGAAAACUAGGAUAUACUGUAGAUAUAUUUUAAAUAUUUAAAUGUGAUCCUUAAACACACAACUGUGUCUGGUGGUAUCUCAGUAUUGGGUUAAGAAAAUCAGUGACUGGGGGGAAGCAGCCUUAAAGGCACCCGAUUAAAUUUUUAUUUUUAAAAUGUUCUCAAGACUAAAAUUUAUGCAGGACCAUUCCUGCUGUGUUUCUCAUUAUCCCAGAUAAGUAUGUUUUGUACUGCAACAGUAUGCAGCAAUGGUAGGCAUCAAGUUUUUAAAAAAUCAGUCUUUUAUCAGGCUCUCCUGUGUACACACACAGAGUUUGGUAUGAUCGAAAUGUAUCAUCCAGUAUUUCAAUGAAGGAAGUAGACAUUUCUCAUUGCUUCCCUCUGGGGUUAAUGCAGAGAUGUUUGAAGAGUUGAGUCCCCAUUAUAGAUACUUUUGUGGGAGUUACAGAGUGCACUUUGGCCUACUCAUAUUCUGAGCUGAGUUCUGCUCUUCUCAUGCUGUUGGCUCUGCGCUCUUCCCUGCUUCUGUGCUAACACUCGACGUGCUGCCACUUCCCUCGCAGGUGCGUCCUGCAGUGCUGGCUGGGACACAGCUUGCUUUUUUUUUUUUUUAAAGAUUAAAAUGAAAAAUAUAUAAAAUUUAUAUAGAAGAAAUAUUCCAUUCAUUAGAGUUGUUAAAAGGAGACUGAAUUAAUAUUUUAUAUAAAGAUUUUGUUACACUAUGGGAGGUUCUAUCCUAUUAUUCUGAAUUGGAGAGUAUAUAUAUAUAUAUAUAUAUUUUUAAUAAACUUUAUUAAGGUGAAAUAAUUUCAAGUUUACACGAGUAAUUGAAGUAUCUGAGUAAAAAGCAAAAGUUUGAAUUUUGAAUGCUGUACGUGUAUAUGUAUAUACAUAUAUGCAUAUGUGUAUAUAUAUGAACAGGGAGAAUCAUGGUGUGAUACAACUGUACAAGAAAAAUUAAUAUGAAGUAUUUAGGGGAAAAGAUUUUCUGAGGGGUGAGAAAAAAAUCUCUCCCAUGGAGAUUCUUCACAUUAUAUGGUUUGAUAAAAAGAUUUAUAAGGUUGUUUGUCCAACUAAUGGAAAUGUGCUUAAUAAAAAAUUCUGACCUUGGGUGAGAAUUUGCUUUUUCCCCAGUUGCCACCUUCAUGUACACAUCUGUCCGCAUUUUCUUCCCAACACUUGGUAAAUAUGAAACAACCUGAUUUUGUGCCAGUUUCUUUUUCUUGAGGUUCCAGAAUUUCUAAGAUAUUUAUAAGACCAAAUUCUGUUUAUUUCUUCACACCUGAUUUCUCCUAGAGCCACGAAUACCUCCUAUGGGAACUAAGAAAGAGUGAAUACUGGGAUUUUCUUAGUUUAAUUUUUUUACUUUUGUGGGGAUAGCGAGACAGAAGUAAAACUAGUGCCGGUAUUACUGUUGAAGAUUAAUGUAUAAUGAAUUUUUUUAAGUAUUAAUUUUUGAAGACCUAUCUAGAAGCAAGAUUUUUUUUUUAAAAAUCUGAAAGUUUAAAAUGCUGUAGCUGACUAAUGGGUAGCACCUGAUGGGCAUGUGUAACCAGUGAGCGCUUUUGGAACUGCAGCAGUGCCGGGGUCCAGGAUGCGCCUCUGCGGGGCUGCUGGGCCUCAGUCAGUACAUGGAUCCUACCCGGGAAGCCCUAGGCCACCACGCGCAGUUUCACAAGUCCUGCUGCUGCUGCUGCUGCUCGUCCUUCUCAUAGGGCUCUGAGGGUAGAGCAGACACUCAGACACUACACUCACCUCACUGAGAAGGCUCUGAGUAGGUGUCUACACCCCUCAGCACCUACCUCACUGAGCCUCUCAGUCCCUGGUGACACUGCUACUGACUCGCUCCCUCGCCUGGCGGAGGCUUCAGCUCCCCUAGCUUGUGAAGGUGCCUCGGCCCUAAAGCACUUUGAAGAAGAGCACUGUGUGACAGUGUGGGUGUCACGCCUGGGGCCUCGCCUGAUUCCCUUCCCCAUGAUGACGUAUGUUUGGGAUUGUAAUAAGUUAUGAACUGCAUGGUUUAGAUCAUCAUAAAUAGCUGAUCAAUUGUCCCCAUGAACAAAAAUCGUGCCCCCUUGAUUUUUUUUAAUUUUAUUGCAUCUUUGUAGAAAUGUAAUUGUAUUUUAUGCCUGCUUUUUAUAAAAAAAUAAAUAAAAGAAAUUAAGAUGUAA